UGGCAGUCGCCAACGAAUCGCGCGCGCAAGCAAACCGCCAGCGAACCGCAGCGGAGGAGCACCUCCGCCUGAAUGGAAUAACCCUGGUUGAGGAACCGAACAGCGCAGAUCUCGAAGCAGAAGAAGUCACCUUUGACCCGGACCACGGAUACGGACAAGGCAGCAGACCGAAAUGGCCGCUGGAAUGUUUACUGAUCGGGAGCGGGAGGCGAUCGUCAGCAAUCUGACCAAGGACGUGCAGGCUCUGCGGGAAAUGGUGCGGAGUCGGGAGAGCGAGCUGGUCAAGCUGCACCGGGAAAUCCACAAGCUGAAGAGUGUGCUGCAGCAGACCACCAACAACCUGAACGUCACCCGGAAUGAGAAGGCCAAAACGAAGCUUUACUCCCUACCAGAGCAAUGUAGCGAGCAGGAGGACAAGGAACGGAACCCGCAUUUGUGCAGCUCCUGCGGCAUGGUGCUGCCCACCAGUCCGGAGUUCGCCCUGGAGGCGCUUUCGCUGGGACCGCUGACCCCCUCAACAUCAGCAUCUACCGCCUCCCCGUCCGGAUCGACAUCUGCGGAAGAGGUGCGACCCAAGGCCAUGCCCGCUGCCAUCAAGAAACAAGGUGUCUCCGCCGAGAGCUGUGUGCAGUCCAUGCAGCAGUCCUACAGCAUUCCUAUUCCAAAAUACGACAAGGAUUUCAGUGAUAAGCAGCAAAUCAAAGACGCCAUCAUGGACAAUGACUUCCUGAAGAAUAUAGACGCCUCGCAGGUGCGGGAGCUGGUGGAUUCAAUGUACUCGAAGAGCAUAGCAGCCGGGGAGUUUGUGAUCCGCGAGGGUGAAGUGGGUGCACAUCUGUACGUCUCCGCCGCCGGGGAGUUUGCGGUGAUGCAGCAGGGCAAGGUGCUGGACAAGAUGGGGGCGGGAAAGGCGUUCGGGGAGCUGGCUAUCCUCUACAACUGCACCAGGACGGCCUCCAUUCGAGUUCUCAGCGAGGCCGCGAGGGUAUGGGUGCUGGACAGACGGGUCUUUCAGCAGAUUAUGAUGUGCACGGGUCUCCAGCGAAUCGAAAACAGCGUGAACUUCCUGAGGUCGGUGCCUCUGCUGAUGAACCUGAGUGAGGAGCUGCUGGCCAAGAUAGCAGACGUUCUGGAGCUGGAGUUCUACGCCGCUGGCACCUACAUCAUCCGCCAGGGAACCGCAGGGGACAGUUUCUUCCUGAUCUCACAGGGCAAUGUCCGAGUGACCCAAAAACUAACACCCACCUCCCCGGAGGAGACGGAGCUGCGCACGCUCUCCAGAGGAGACUACUUCGGAGAGCAGGCGCUGAUUAACGAGGAUAAGCGAACGGCCAACAUCAUCGCUCUGUCACCAGGAGUCGAGUGCUUGACCCUGGACAGGGAUUCCUUCAAGCGGCUGAUUGGGGAUCUCUGCGAGCUGAAGGAGAAGGACUACGGCGACGAGAGUAGGAUGCUGGCCAUGAAGCACGCGCGGGAAAGCUGCCGGGAUGAGCCGAAGGAGCAGCUGCAGCAGGAGUUCCCCGACCUCAAGCUCACGGACCUCGAGGUGGUCAGCACUCUUGGCAUCGGGGGCUUCGGUCGAGUGGAGCUGGUCAAAGCGCACCAUCAGGAUCGCGUGGAUAUCUUCGCCCUGAAGUGCCUCAAGAAGCGACACAUUGUGGACACCAAGCAGGAGGAGCACAUCUUCAGCGAACGCCACAUCAUGCUCAGCUCGAGGUCGCCCUUCAUCUGCCGUUUGUAUCGCACUUUCCGGGACGAGAAGUACGUCUACAUGCUGCUCGAGGCCUGCAUGGGUGGUGAGAUAUGGACGAUGCUCCGGGAUCGCGGAUCCUUCGAGGACGAGGCGGCGCAGUUCAUCAUCGGGUGUGUGCUGCAGGCGUAUGAGUACCUGCAUGCCCGCGGCAUCAUCUAUAGAGACCUUAAGCCCGAGAACUUGAUGCUGGAUGAGCGCGGCUACGUCAAGAUCGUGGACUUCGGCUUCGCCAAGCAGAUCGGCACGAGCACCAAGACGUGGACCUUCUGCGGCACCCCGGAGUACGUGGCACCCGAGAUCAUCUUGAACAAGGGCCACGACCGAGCCGUGGACUACUGGGCUUUGGGCAUUCUCAUUCAUGAACUACUCAACGGAACGCCGCCGUUCAGUGCUCCAGAUCCCAUGCAGACGUACAACCUCAUCCUGAAGGGCAUCGACAUGAUAGCCUUUCCCAAACACAUCUCCCGCUGGGCUGUGCAGCUCAUCAAGCGGCUAUGCCGCGAUGUUCCGUCGGAGCGCCUCGGCUACCAGACUGGUGGCAUCCAGGACAUCAAAAAGCACAAGUGGUUCCUGGGAUUCGACUGGGACGGCUUGGCCAGCCAGCUGCUGAUUCCGCCCUUCGUGAGACCCAUCGCCCAUCCGACGGAUGUGCGCUACUUCGACCGCUUUCCGUGCGAUUUGAAUGAGCCGCCGGACGAGCUCUCCGGCUGGGAUGCGGAUUUCUAGGCCCAUGCCGCGAACCCUCGACUUAGUAUUUGAUCACUCUUUAGUUAAAUGUAGGUUACUUUACUGAUUUUCGUAGCAACGUAGAAAGGAACAAGGAAA